GAUUGUCUCUUGCAGUGAGGAAGGAACUGAUGGCUGAGGCAGCUGCCAGUGAGAAAAAGGUGGACACAGAGGAUCCCAGCUCCUCGGACAUGGAAGGGGCAGCUGCCCCCUCUGUUUCAGGGAUCUACUUCAUCUGCCCCUUGACCGGCGUGGUUGUGAGGAAAGACCAGAAGGAAAAGCACCUCAGGGAAGCCAUCCAGUCGUAUUUCUCCAUAGAUCCUGUGGCUGCUUCCAUCAUGGAGAUUCACACCUUCAACAAGGACCGGGAGAAGCUCCGAGUGGGUGUGGAGACCAUGGCCAAGUACCUGGAUAACAUUUAUCUCCAUCCAGAGGAGGAAAAGUACAGGAAAAUCAAACUACAGAACAAAGUGUUCCAGGAAAGGAUAAGCUGCCUAGAAGGGAUCCACAGAUUUUUCCAGGCUGUUGGGUUUGAGAUGAAAACGCUGCCAGUUCCAGGCCAGGAGACCCCAGAGGAGUUCUACGUGCUGAAGGAAGACAUGCUGACCAGGCUGGAAGAUCUCAAGGACUACAAAGAGCAGCUGCUGAGCUCGGAGCCCGUGCGGGCCCAGCUGGACCGACAGCUCCAGCUCUUCCAACCCUCCCCGGCAGCCGCGCAGUUCGAGCUGCCCGAGGACUUUUACAGCCUGAGUGCAGAGGAGAUCAGACGGGAGCAGCGGCUCCGGACAGAAGCAGUGGAGAAGGCUGCCCUGCUGAGGACCAGAGCCAUGAGAGAGAAGGAGGAGCAGCGGGAGCAGCGCAGGUACAACUACACCCUCCUGCGCGUGCGCUUCCCUGACGGCUACGUCCUGCAAGGGACUUUUUAUGCACGAGAACCAGUGUCUGUGCUCUACAGCUUUGUGAGGGAAGCCCUCCGAGAUGACUGGCUGCCCUUUGAGCUGCUGGGACCUGGAGGGCUCAAACUGACUGAUGAGAACUUGGCCUUCAACGAAUGUGGGCUGGUGCCCUCAGCCCUCCUGACUCUCUCCUGGGAUGCAGCAGUCAUGGCAGACAUCCAGGAAUCCAGAGAGGAGCAACCAACAAGCCCCCUGAAACCAGAACUUCUCUCCAGAGUCCAGACACUGUCAUGA